ACUUCAAAAAAGUCAAAAAUGAAUCUGGAGACAAACGAAGUAAACCCCAAUGAUCAAGAUAUCAGCAGAGGCAGGAUAGAAAAGAAAAGGAACAGGACUAAAGUCAUUUUGUCCAAUAGUUGUAUAACAAUAUCCAUCCUUUCUUAUUUUGGAAAAAUGAAGGAUAUAGAUAGUUUAAUGAGGAUUUUUUCAAAUAGAUCUCGGGCCAUCUGGAUCUAUACCCUAGGUAAAUGGUUAAAUAUUUUUGAAGAGAGCCUCGAAGAUAUUAAGAUCACUCCAGACAAUAUAAAAUUGCUCAUUAAGCAUCCGCCUUUGAGUAACUGAAGGCUCCAUUUUACUGAUUAUAACAUUUCCACGGAUAAGUACAAAAAUUUGAUUAUAAGGUUCGUGAAUAAAGUUUAUAGCAAGAAUCAGAUCAAAAGCAUUAACAUUGAGGAUAGUGGCCGCAAAGAGUUUAAGAAUAUAGCAAAGGAAGUUAUUAUAGAAAAGGUGUUCAAAAAUUUGGAGGACAUAUCUAAGAAACUGGAUCAUAUGCCUUCAGGAAGAAAGUCUCUUACAGAAUCUUCAAAAACAUAUAGCGUUUAUUUCAGCGAUAUAUUCAGUGCAAGAAAGGAUUAUGGGAUCAUAAAUUCCAAGCUCAUGAUCUUCCCUAAGGUAAUUCAAGAGUCUAAGAUACUUUAUAUUGACUCUGACUAUAUCCUUGAUAAUGAUUCUAUUCGUGUUCGAAAGAUUGAUGAAGAUGAAUUCCCAUUCAUUUGCAAUCUCAAAUUUGAAGACCCAAAUAUUCCGAUUUUUGAUCAUGUAAAGAGAGUCAAACUUUACGAAAAUAGAGAUGACAAUCGAUUAAGCAUUACUAAAAUUAACACCAUUAUCAAGAGAUGUUAUCCGAAUUUGAAAGAACUUACACUUGCUGAUGAUAGAUUUAACAUUGGAAAAUAUACAUAUAAACUUUGAGGUAUUAUAGAAUCAACGAAUACCAAGUUUGAGAGAAGGGAGAAAGAGAUUACCUUGAAGGCUCCUAUCAUCUUUAAGGCUAAAAAUGCAAUAGUAGCAAGGACUAAAUACAUAGGUGAUGAAGAAAAACAUGAAUGCAUAUAUAAAUGAACCAUCGAAGUGGUUGUGAAUGAUUUUAUAGAAAAAGAAGGAUACAUAUACAUUUUAAAAUGCUAUCCUCUCUCAAUUAGCAACUGCUUAAAAGUAAAAGAACUACCAUACCUCAUCAAUUUAUCCUGAAGAACUAUCAGAAUGCUCAAAAAAUUUAAAUACGACUCCAUUGCCAUCCAGUGGGUAAUCCUCUGUGCUGAUUCGAUCACUUCUGUUUCUCCCACUUACCACUCCUGCUUCAAUGCGAGAUUCUCAUCCUUUUCCCUAAAAGGUUUUCUGCCUAGAUACCUUACCUCCUAUAACUCCUUCCCCUCUUGAACCUCCUUUCACAUCACCUGAUGCAAUCCUGAACCGAUCUUCAGUCUUUACCAACUCUACUCCGAAAUUUUCUGCGAACUCAACUUUCUUUAUCCUUCAGCCAACCGUUACAACAUUGAUGUCGUUGAGAUACCAUUCCAUCUCCCAUUCAAGGGCCUUUUCAGCAAAAAUUUUGUAGAGAAGUUUAAGGGAUUUAGACUGGUACUCUUGGUGAAACACACUCAUAUAAGUAGUGAAAAACAGAAGGAAAUUGAACAGAUCCUUAUCAAGUGGACACGGCUGGGCAAUUGAACAGGAGUCGUGGUGAGGGGAUAUGAGGAAACACGAUAUAAAGACAUCUUAUUUUGUGUUAAUAAGAAAGAAGUAACCAGCCAAGUUAGAAAUAUUAUAAAAACAGGAAUGAGAAGUAAGGAGAUAGGAAUGGGAGUUCCACUAGUAAUCGAAUAAUUUGUAUAAUUUUAUGGAUAGAC